GCGUGCCGCUGCUGCUGUAUGCGAACCGGCGGGACCUUCGGCUCGUGGACGCGGCACACGAGAAGGCCAACGCCACCGUGGUGGUGGGAGGGCUGGAGGACGCCGCUGCUGUGGACUACGUCUACUCACAGGGCCUCAUCUACUGGAGCGACGUUAGCGAGGAAGCCAUCAAACGAACAGUCUUUAAUCAGUCGGGGGCCAGCGCGGUCCAGACUGUGGUCCCGGGUCUGGCCUCCCCGGAUGGACUGGCCUGUGAUUGGUUAGGGAGUAAACUUUACUGGACGGACUCGGAAACCAAUCGGAUCGAGGUGGCGGAGCUAGACGGGACUCUGAGGAAAGUUUUAUUCUGGCAGGAACUGGAUCAGCCGAGAGCCAUCGCCCUGGAUCCAGAACGAGGGUACAUGUACUGGACAGACUGGGGUGAGAUCCCAAAGAUCGAGCGGGCGGGGAUGGACGGGACGAAUCGCUCCAUGAUCAUUGAUAAAGACAUCUACUGGCCCAACGGUCUGACUCUGGACUACAGCCAGCAGAAACUGUACUGGGCCGACGCCAAACACAACUUCAUCCACCGCUGCAACCUGGACGGGUCCUUCAGGGAGGUGGUGGUUAAAGGAGAGCUGCCUCACCCGUUCGCCCUCACCCUGUACGAGGACACUCUGUUCUGGACCGACUGGAACACCCACUCCAUCCACUCCUGCAGGAAACAGACGGGGACCGAACAGCGCAUCGUCCACUCGGACAUCUUCUCGCCGAUGGACAUCCACGUCUUCAGCGCCAAGAGACAAAACAUAUUGGUGAGCAGCCCGUGCUCGGUGAAGAACGGAGGAUGUUCACACCUCUGUCUGCUCUCUCCGCUGAAGCCCUACUAUCAGUGCGCCUGUCCCACCGGGGUCCGGCUGCUGGAGGACGGGAAGACCUGCAGAGACGGUGCCACUCAGAUGCUGCUGCUGGCUCGGCGAACAGACCUGCGGCGAAUCUCUCUGGACAUGCCCGACUUCACCGACAUCAUCCUGCAGGUGGACGACAUCCGCCACGCCAUCGCCAUCGACUACGACCCGGUGGAGGGAUACAUCUACUGGACGGAUGACGACGUGAAGGCCAUCCGCCGCUCCCUGCUGGACGGCAGCGACGCCCAGUUCGUGGUUACGUCUCAGGUGAACCACCCCGACGGCAUCGCCGUCGACUGGAUCGCCCGGAACCUCUACUGGACCGACACCGGGACCGACCGCAUCGAGGUGACCCGACUCAACGGGACCAUGCGCAAGAUCCUGAUCUCUGAAGACCUGGACGAGCCGAGAGCCAUCGUACUGGACCCUGUGGCCGGGUACAUGUACUGGACCGACUGGGGCGAGGUGCCAAAGAUCGAGCGAGCUGAUCUGGACGGGAUGGAGCGGGUGGUGAUGGUGAACACCUCGCUGGGCUGGCCCAACGGCCUCGCCCUCGACUACGACGAACGCAAAAUCUACUGGGGAGACGCCAAGACCGAUAAGAUCGAGGUUGGUGUCUUUAUCUGCCAUCAGUCUUUCCAUUCUGCGUGCGUGAGUCACCUGGGCGUUUAAUAUUCAGUCUGCAGU